CAGAGCUUUUUUUUCUCUUUCUUCUUCUGUCUUUUCUUGUUCUUCUUUAUUUCCUCCUUUACUAAGAUCAUGUCUAGGAAAAGUCCAUCAUCUUCUCGUCCUCUAAAGCGUUCCGACAUGGAUAAGACAAUUGCUUCUAAGCCUCCAACUGUCAUUAAACAGCCUGAGAUAGAUAAUGCCGCAUAUCUUGCUAAUCUGAAGGUGAAGUAUCGUCUGCAGAGAUUCAAAGUCUCCUAUGCUCAUCAUGAAAACCAGGAUGGGGUUUUGACUCGCGAGAUCGCUGAGCAAACAUGUGGUCCCAAUGAGAUAGUGAUCUCCAUGGGCCAGUUAGAAGCAAGACUUCGUCUUCAAUUGUGUUGUCCACUAAAUUCUUAUCAGUACGAGGUUCUUACCCAAAUUAAACCUCGAGGGGAUGUAUUUCAACAUAGUGGCAAUUUUUGGCGCCUACUUCGUGAGAGUGCCCGACGUAGUAAGGGUAGGUUUACUGAUCACGAGAAGAAAUAGUUCGAUCCGUCUCAUUCCGAUUUGUAUAAACUUCAUGGAGAAUUACUGGUGCCAUCCUCUCGGAGAAAAAUUUGAUGGUUUUGGUGUGGGGAUUUCGGGAUAUCGUCGUUCUUUGAAGGGUCCCUUGCUUCUUUCUGAUUUGGAUCCUCCUAAUGCCAACAAUCUUACGCUUAGUAAUACUAACGAUCCGAAGUGGUUUUUAGUUCCUCUUCGGAUCGUGGGUCCUUGAAUCUAUGGCUGGGAAGAGAUCGUAAGUGUCAUUCCUCAGCUUCUCAAUGUACAUAUCUUUCUGCCUAUAAACCCUGGGUCCUUGGAUCUAUUCGAGCUGCUGAGGAUGCUAAGCGAGGAAACUCUGUGGAAGGUUCGGGCCCUUCUCAUGCUGGUGGUGAUAUUGCGAUGCAUGCUUUGGAUGUUGAUCUUGCAUGUUUAUCUGAUGAAGAUGAUGAUGUUAUUGGUACUACUUUUGAUGAGUCCUUCUUUGAGGGUAUUGGAGACGUGCCCCACAUGAGUCUAUCCCCUUUCAGGGUGAAGGGGUUGUUCCGAGGUCGGAGAUGAACGUUCCCCAGGUGAGUUACGUCGUUGGAAAGGGUACAUCGUCUGAACGAGGUGCUCUUGGUGGUGGGGGUAGUCAGGCUGUUGUUGGUAUUGAUCAUGUUGGUUUUCCUAGCGCUUUUGCUAGUGGUUUUGCAAGUUCUUCUGCCUUAGUUCAUGCUUCUGUCUUUUUCAUCGUGUUUGAUAAGGCUGUUGAUGACGUUGUCUUGCUUUGCUCCGAUUUGUUUGCAAUCAUGAGAGGGGAGGACCAAGUACGAGUUUUGAACUCGCAAGACAGAUUGGCCCAGCGUCGUCUUGUGACCGUUAGCAAUAACCUGAGGAUUGCUAUGUUGGCCGAGUCGCGGGUGGCUAGGAAACGGGCUACCGCUUCGGAGAGCACUGUUCAACAUUUGCAAUCCGAUCUAUCGGCGGCCAGGCGUAAGAUCAAGCGUCUUCACCAAGAGAACCAGGCUCAUGAAGAAGCUCGCACUCGCCUGGCUGAGUUGGAGAAGCAGGUGGUAGAUUUGAAUGAAUAGAAGGAGAAUUUAGACCAUGAGCUCAAUGAUAUUGAAGAUCGGCAUGAGGAGGAGAUCGAGGCUGUCAAUCAAGAAUGGGUGCAGAAGGUUCAGGAUCUCCAUGCUGAAUAUGCUGUGAAAAUCAAGAAUUCCUACAAGGCUGUGAUUCAUCGUGAGCGUCAGAAAAUUGUUGUUGGCUCCCCAUCUAUUGUGAAUCGUGCCCCAGUUGAAGAGGUUGUUUCUCCAUUCGAGGGAUAUGGAAAAGAUGACGGUCCAUCCGAGGGAUCUGGGAAAGAUAAGGCUGUUGCUUGAGCAUGUUGUAAUAUCUUAGUUUAUCUAUCUUUAGGUUCAUAGUUUGGGUAGUUCAUCUUGGUGUUUUUUCUCCUCUUUUGGUAUUUAUACUAUUGGUGUUGCGUUGUUGGUAAUCCCUCGUGUGUUAUCCGAGGCAAUGUUUAAAGGUGAUGGUCGUGGUGACAAGUCCUCGUGCUCAUUCCGAGGCUUUUUUUUUUAGUUUUUUUUUUGUGUGGAUCUUCGUGCUUAUUCGGAGGUUGGUCAAUGGUGGUAAGUCCUCUGCUGUUUGAGGAAUUAUAACUACAUAGUUUUUGUGAUUUGAUCGUCUUUUAUAUGAAAUGUUCGACUUCUUUUCUUUUUAUCA